GGCUGUGUGCGCCCAGCAAGGAGCCCAGCAAGGAGCAGAGCGAGCCGGCUGGAGCAGGGCAGCCCCGCGGGGUCUGGGCUCGGAUUGUGGGCUCGGAUCGCGCAGGGGGCCCUGGUGCUCUGCUUGGGGACAUUCUGGCAGGAGAGUGCCAUGAAGAGAGCUGGCAUAAGGAACCCUCUGCGUCCCUGUGCAAGACUGGGUUUUCCUAAGAGAGAUGGGUCUGAAGCCUGAGACCUGUGGGGGUGAGAGGACGUGGGAGCCCGCCCGUCAUGUCCAGGUGAGGCAGAGGCACUCGGUGCUGAACAUGCUCAGGAGGCUGGACAAAAUCAGGUUCAGAGGUCACAAGAGAGAGGACUUCCUUGACCUAGCAGAGUCUCCAAAUGCCUCAGACACCGAGUGUGGAGAUGAGCUCCCCCUGAAGAUACCGCGGACCUCGCCCCGCGACAGUGAGGAGCUCAGGGAUCCUGCUGGUCCAGGGACCCUCAUCAUGGCCUCAGGGGUCCAGGACUUCAACCGGACAGAGUUUGAUCGGCUGAAUGAAAUCAAGGGCCACCUGGAAAUCGCCUUACUGGAAAAGCACUUCCUACAGGAAGAGCUCCGGAAGCUGCGAGAAGAAACCAACUCAGAGAUGCUGCGGCAGGAGCUGGAGCGGGAGCGGCAACGGCGAAUUGAGCUGGAACAGAAAGUGCAGGAGGUGUUGAAGGCCAGAGCUGAGGAGCAGCCGCAGGCUCAGCCGCAGCCCAAAGGACAGAGCCAGGCCAACCACGGAGCAGACCGGCGCAGCCAGGGACUGUCCUCCCGCCUGCAGAAGUGGUUCUACGAGAGGUUUGGGGAGUAUGUGGAGGACUUCCGCUUUCAGCCAGAGGAGAGCACCGUGGAGACGGAGGAGCCCCUCAGUGCCCGGAGGUUGACUGAGAACAUGAGGCGGCUGAAGCGCGGUGCCAAGCCUGUCACUAGCUUUGUGAAGAACCUCUCUGCCUUGUCCGACUGGUACUCCGUCUACACCUCCGCCAUCGCCUUCACUGUGUACAUGAAUGCCGUGUGGCACGGCUGGGCCAUCCCCAUGUUCCUGUUCCUGGCAAUCUUGAGGUUGUCCCUCAACUACCUCAUCGCCAGGGGCUGGAGGAUACAAUGGAGCAUUGUGCCAGAAGUGUCUGAAGCCGUGGAACCUCCGAAGGAAGACCUGACCGUGUCCGAGAAGUUCCAGCUGGUGCUGGACGUUGCUCAGAAGGCCCAGAAUCUCUUUGGCAAGAUGGCUGACAUCCUGGAAAAGAUCAAAAACUUGUUCAUGUGGGUCCAGCCCGAGAUCACGCAGAAGCUCUACAUUGCGCUGUGGGCCGCCUUCCUGGCCUCCUGCUUCUUCCCCUACCGCCUGGUGGGGCUGGCCGUGGGGCUGUAUGCUGGCAUCAAGUUCUUCCUCAUCGAUUUCGUCUUCAAGCGCUGCCCCCGACUGCGAGCCAAGUACGACACGCCCUACAUUGUCUGGCGGAGCCUCCCCACGGACCCCCAGCUCAAGGAGCGGGCCAGUGCCACUGUGUCGCGGAGGCUACAAACAGCCUCGUCGCGGAGCUACGUCUCCAGCACACCCACUGGCCUGAGCAAGGACGAAGACGCUGGUCGCUUCCACAGCACCAAGAAGGGGAACUUCCAUGAAAUCUUCAACCUGACUGAAAACGAGCGUCCACUGGCGGUGUGUGAGAACGGCUGGCGCUGCUGCCUGAUCAACAGAGACCGGAAGAUGCCCACGGACUACAUCAGGAACGGGGUUCUCUACGUGACCGAAAAUUACCUGUGCUUCGAAAGCUCCAAAUCCGGGUCUUCAAAGAGGAACAAAGUCAUCAGGCUGGUGGACAUCACAGACAUCCAGAAGUACAAGGUCCUGUCCGUCCUCCCGGGCUCGGGCAUGGGGAUUGCUGUGUCAACGCCAUCAACUCAGAAACCGCUGGUGUUCGGGGCCAUGGUGCAUAGGGACGAGGCCUUCGAGACCAUCUUCAGCCAGUACGUGAAGAUCACCUCGGCAGCAGCCUCGGGCGGCGACAGCUAGUGCCGACCCAGCGUCACGGGGACCUGCACGGGCAGACGGACGUCUGCACGCUCUUCCUCGGCCUGUGGUUGCUGUGGCCUUGACCAUGCUCCAUAGACCCCUUGGCUGAGGGGCUGCAGCUCACGAGGACAGCACUGGAUGCACCUCAGUGGACACCUGUGGACACAGGUGGCAGAGGAUCCUCAAGGCCUGUUGAAGACGGGAAGGACCCUCGCCGCCCCAUCACCAGGCACAGCUCCUCCUCCAUCCCAGCCUGGGCAGAGACCUGGCCCCAGCCCCCCGGCGGCUCUCGAGGCCCCGAGUCCCAGUCUCCAGAAGCCAGAGGCCUCCCCCAAAGCCAUAGCUGAGCACAUCCGUGGGCCCUCUUGCUGGGGUUAGAGUGUCACCAGGGCGCGGAGCUCCUCCCCACCCCCAGUGUGCUAGUCCUCCAAGUGCAGGGCUGGGGCGGGGCCUCCCUCCCCAGCCGCCACUGCACCUGCCACCUUGGCCCCGUGGCGGGUGACGGCCAGGGUGUGGGCGUGAACGAAGGCACACCUUUCCACACUGCUCCCUGGGGAGCCCAGGAGGACACUGCUGAGCUCCGAGUCUCGGCUGGUCUGGUGAAGGUCAGCCACAGCCUGGCGAGGCUCGGCCUCCCUCCACAGCCACGGGGUCGGGAGGGGUCAGGGCAGCCUGAGUUUCCUGGCCCACGUGCUGUCAGGAGGCCCCGUGGGCGGAGGCCUGCCCAGGGGUCUGACAGUGUUUCCCUUCUAUGUGCCCAAGUGCUCCUCUGGGCACAGGCCACUCCCAGUGCCCACCCGCCCCAGAGCAGCAAGUUCUGGUGUGGAUGAGAGACGUGUUGCCUGGGGCUCCGCGGCUCACGGGCGGGCGCACGUCACCUGGGACGUCUGCCUUUGGUUGAAGUGAGAAGCCGUGUGGAGUCCGGGGGCAGGCCGGGGCCUCGGAAGGAAGUGGCCGUCCCGUCUGCACGCUUUCCGGGAGGCACUGCACCUCCCUCGGUUUGUCCUGAGUCCUUCGGGUGUCAGUCACUGCGAUUGUUGUUUUUUGAAGAAACAGAAGAUUAUAUUUUUUACAGAGAGCAAGCUGUUUUUCUUAUUUUUGUAUCGUUUUUCAGAUGUCAUUUUUACCUUUGCUCUGAUCCUCAUUUGCUGGUUUGGGUGUGAGACCUGGUGGCGUGGACUCUGGACGCCCCUCUCAGGGGCUGCCGGGUCACACCCUGGUGCGUGGGCCGAGCACACCGACCAGCCAGGUCAAGCACACAUCCCACCCAGAGGGUGGGGGCUGCCACCCGGGCACCACGGGUGCCAGCUGCUGGAUGGCCCGGCUCCUCAGCCUCCGUCGAUGAAGGCAGACCCCACCCUGGGCUGGGGCAUUAGCCCCCUCAGGGGCAACGCUCGCCAGUGCAUGAGGUGAAGUGGGGGCAGCAGGACCCCAAGGUGCCUGAGGGGAGGCAGGGUGGGCCCCACCUGUCCCCAGGGAUGGCUGUGGGGCAGCUCCUCUGGGUGGUGGUUAGACCUCUCCUGGGCCUCGGCAGUGCCCCAGGCGAGGUCCUGGGGUCCAGGGUCAGUGAGUCCUCCUGUGGGUACGCUGGGUGCUCUCCCAAGCACAGUGGGGAGGGUCCCUGAGUGGAGGGGGCCUCUUGGAGCGAGUGGGUUAGUUCGAGUCCCUUUCACAGAGGAAGGGAGAUGCAGACUGACCUGCCCUGCCGUGUGGCCGGGCUCCCUGGAGGGAGGGCCUGAGGCCUGUCGGGGAGACGAGGGUCCACAGUCCAGGGCUGGCCAGUAGUGGGUGUUCUGGAGCCUGCGGGGCCGGCCAAGGGGCCUGCGGGGCUCUGAGCUCCCUGUCGGGGACCAGCAGGGUUUCGCUGAAGUGCAUAAAUCUGGGCAGAUAUUUAAUUUCUGUGACUAAUCACUGAACUAGAAUGAAUGUUGAAUUUUGUAUGUCCGGAGCUUGAGUCUAUUUUGGAUCUGUAAAUAAUCACUACUGGUGUAACUUUGGUUCUACAAAAGGAUUGUACUGUAUGAAGAACUGAUGAAAAAAAUCCCACCACAUUUUUAAGAAAAAAAAAAAAACAUUUAAAGAAAAAGUCUUGUAUAAAUUAUAAUUUUUAUUUAAAUAAAUUAAAA